AGAAGCUGGCGACCGGGACUCAAGAGGCCACAGCGAUGGCAGGCCCCCGGCACCCCGUAUCCGUGCGCGCUGCGGCCUUGGUGCAGACAGAGCGGUUCCAGACGUUCGCCUUCUCUGUGCGCUGGUCGGAUGACAGCGACACCUUCGUGCGCAGGAGCUGGGACGAGUUCAGGGGGCUUCAUAAGACCCUCAAGGAAACCUUCCCGGUGGAGGCGGGCCUGCUGCGGAGAUCCGACCGCGUUCUCCCCAAGCUUCCGGACGCAUCGCUGUUGGCGCGCAGCAGGCGCACGGCCCGCGGCCUCGCGCGCCUGCGGCUGCUGGAGAACUAUUUGCAGACGCUCCUGGCGGCGGCGGAGCGCGUGUCCCGCAGCCCAGCGCUCACUGCCUUCUUCGCGCCGCAACCCACAGACCUGGAUCCCGCGCUGCCGCCUGGCAGCCUAGUGAUCCUGCCCACCCCCGAAGAGCCCCUACCCCGCCCCACGAGCAGCCUCGCCAUCCGCAGCCUGGAAGCUCAGACCCUGCGCUGCCUGCAGCCUUUCCGCACCCAGGACACAAGGGAUCGGCCCUUCUACGCGCAGGCCCAGGAGGCUCUGGACGUGCUGCUGCGCCACCCCUCAGGCUGGUGGCUGGUGGCGAAUGAAGACCAGCAGACAGCGUGGUUUCCUGCUCCUUACCUGGAGGUGGCCCCGCACCAGGGGCGAGAGGGGGGCCAGCCCCUAGGGAGUAGUGGGUCCCAGUUCUGUGCUUCCUGCGCCUACGAGAGCAGACAGGCUGAUGAGCUGUCAGUGCCCGCGGGGGCACGCGUGCGUGUGCUGAAAACGUCAGACCGCGGCUGGUGGCUGUGCAGCUUCCACGGUCGCACCGGUCUUCUCCCAGCUGUGCUGCUUCGGCCCGACAGGCUGGGUGCACUCCUGAGCCGCCCAGGGCUCCACUGUGGGGCUGACAGUGGGGAGGACAGCGUGGGGGAGGCCCAAAGCUCCCCUGAGCUUUUCCAGGCCACGACCCUUCCCCCUACGGUGCCCGCCCGACCCCUACUGAGUGCCAUACAGAGCCACUGCUGCACCAUCACCCGUAGGGCACUGGAGCGGGACCUAAGGGGUCAGGGACCCCUUUGAAGGUGUGUGGAAUUGCAGAGAGGGCUGCACUGUGCACCCCACAGCUGGAGCUGCAGGAAAGAGGCUCCAGACCCCCAGGAUGACUGAUGGCAGCCAUACCACCCUCAGGGCUGCGGAGGAGCAUUUGAGGGUGGGACUCCCUGGCUGGCAGGGCCAGGAGGCUAUUUCCUCUGAGUAAAGCUCUUCUGAUUGACCCACACCCCGUGUCUGUGCUGAAGGGCAGGGCCUGUUGGAUGGUGGCCAGGCCAGGGCACAGGGAUGGGG